UAACAUGUUUUAAUGGUUUUCAUUUAUUUCUCUUGUUAUUACUAGGAAUGUUCCGAGGCUCUUUUUUUUGUAUAUUGACAGAAAUUUCCUUAUUGAAACUACCAAUAGUGUUUCAUAGUGAAUAAUUAUAUGUACAAGGUUUGGAAGUUUAAAUGAAAAUAUAGAAAAUCUAUGUAGUUCACAAGUUAUUUCCGCGUUCAUGAUUUCUAGUGAGAGAUUCCAAUAGCACGGUCGGGCAUCGGAAAAACAGUAUCAUACGAGCAGUGUUAACUGUUGUUUAAAGUAGUUAUGUUUAAUAUGUUAUAGAAAACGGAUCUCCGACCCGAACCAUGCAUUAAUGAUAACUUUGACGCAAAACAACAUCAUUUUAUAUCUCGAAGGAAAUGUGCAAAAUAUAUAUAGAUAAAGCGGAUUAAAAUUAAAGAAAAGUAAUAAGAUGUAGCCAUACCACGGAUUAAAAAUAACUAUAAUGAAGUUAGUUUGCUAGGAAAAUGGACGUAAAUACAGUUUGCGAAAUAAAUUAAUGCAAAUUUUGAAUUUCAUUUUCAAAUUGAAUAAAACAAUCAAUUAUUGUUUUGUAGGAUUUGAAAUUAAAUAUUAUUAUUUAUAUAGUAUCAUUAACUUCUUGAUAUUGUUUACUUUUUGAUGAUGCUAUUAAAUUUAGUGCCGUGUAUUUGAGUGUUAAGUGUCAUAUAAUUGUGUUUAUAAUCAUCCUCGAUAAAUACAACACAUCAUUGAAUUGCAUGAUUUUGAUUAAGACUUAUAAAAAUGGGAUGUACAUGUGAUAAAAUAUGGAGGCGGAUACAUUCAAAGGUUGGUCACAAAAGCGAUAGUUUAGAUGGGCCACCAGCAUUGUCCGACGCCCAGAAAGCUGCUAUUCGGAAUAACUGGAAGAUUUUAAAAUGCAAUGUGGCCAACAUUGGAGUUAUUACUUAUGUAAGUAUGUUUGAAAGUAGGCCAGAGCUGAUGGAAGUAUUUUCAAAGUUUAAAGGUCGAGACUUGCUGGAACUAAAACGUGCAGGUUUACUUCGACAACAUGCACUGAGAGUUAUGGCAACAAUAGAUAAAGUUAUAACCCGCCUUGAUGAGCCUACUGCUUUGAUAACUUUGCUCAAGGAAUCUGGGGCUCAUCACAAACUGUACAAAGUGCCACAAGAUUAUUUACAGAUAAUUUUACCUCAUUUUCUGAAUGCAAUCAAACCCCAUAUUGAAGACCAUUGGUGUGAUGACUUAGAGAACGCUUGGAAAACAAUGUUUGAUAUAAUAAUUUACUACAUGAAAGAAGGUUACAAAGAACCGAAACAUUGUCAUAGAGAGUAUAUUGUGGAGUCAACGUCAUAACCUGGUGAUGUGUAUUCAUGCUGAAAAACGAAGCAAAAUUAAUAUGUUCAUUAACAUAUGUUUUUUUCCUUUUGAUUAUAAUUUAAUAAUGAUAAUUUCACAAUGUUAAAAAUUUACAG